AUGGCCCCUCCAAAGGGAGGCUACGCGCCAAAUCUUGACAAAUUUCUCGACUCGCUCAAGGGGCCUGUCGACACCUCUGUCGAGUUCCUCAUUGCCCUCCUCAAAAGAAGGCAAAUAAAGGGCUCCGAGCCUUGUGCCGUUGCGACAGCCCGCAUUCUCCUCCAGGUGGUAGCAAAAGAAAAAUGGACAGAUGUUGACCAGCUGAUCGAACGCAUACGGGUUGUGGGAACGAGACUGGUGGCAGCCCAGCCCCGUGAGCUGGUAAUAGGAAAUGUGGUCAAGAGAGUCUUGCGCCUGAUUCGCGAUGAAGCCAUGGAGGACAGGAAUGAAGCAGGUGGCGACUCUUCGCCAGCUUCUCCAGCAAGCAUGCUACCGACACCAAUAGUCGAGAGCAUCCCGGAUGUGAAGCCUUUUCGUCCACCAACGCUGAACAGCCUGGGUUCCUUUGCCAGGACCCAGUCCAUGUUCAGUCUCCUGGCAGACCCCGACGUCGCCCCGCCGUUGUGGUCAAACGGCACCACACCAGCAGCGGCUUCGGGCACCUCAACGCCCCUAUCUCGUACUGCUCUCAGCCAAGCUACCAACAUUUCUGCUUUGCGGUCCGAGGUCAUCGAUGGUAUAGAGGAGAUUAUGGAUGAAAUCAAGCAAGUCGACGACCAGGUCCAAACAUAUGCCGACAUCAUCAUCCACCCCGGCAACUACAUACUAGUCUACCAACCCUCCCGCACGGUACAAAAAUUCCUCACACGUUGCAAGCGAAAGUUUAAUGUGUUGCUCGUUGUGGAUCCGUCUACGGCAACGUCGACGGAAGACUUGUACGCCUCUUUCCGGAAGUCAUUAGUAGCAGGAGGGUCUACCGUAGUCAAAGUCAUGAACACUGGUCUCAUGGCUUACAUGCCGAGAGUCAACAAGGUCAUUCUUGAGGCCCGAGCUAUUACGGCCACGGGCGAGGUUGUAGUAGACUCUGGCGCCGCAUCAAUUGCACGUGCUGCUCGACAACAGGGCCGGACAGUCAUUGUCGUCGGUGGUGUGUACAAGUUGAGUCCCGACAGUCAAGCAAACCAGACCAUUGAAUGGGGUGAUCCCUCAAAGUAUGUCAACUUUUCGGACGGACAAAUGGUCGGGCAUGUUAAAGUCAAGAACGCCGUCUCUGAGUCUGUUCCCGAGGCCGACACCUAUCUCACGAACCUGGGGGCCAAUUCAAAAGAAUACCUGCAUGUCAUCAUCGAAGACCACUACAAGGAGGAAGAUAUUGGGCUGGACCUGUACGGCACAAUACGGAAGUAA